AUGGUGUUUGCAGAUUGUUUAGCCCCGUACAGUACGGCUGAGCUAAAGAAGGAGGCUGUCCAACGGGAAGAGAUGAGUGAGGUCAUUCAAGGCAUGCAGCAUGCCGUGCAGGAGGCACAUGAGAAACAUGAGGGCCAGGCGGGGCUUGUGAGUGAGCUGCUGAAGCAGCUCACCGAUCUUCCAGGAACCGGCCACGUCAUGAAGGAGGAGAUCUCGCAAGUCCUUCGCAACGGCGAGCGUUGCACCACAGAACUUGUUCGAUCAGCGAAUGGAACUGUCAUGGAGGAGACGACGUGGCUACUGACCAGCGAGGGCCGCAAGGUGAAAGAACCUUCGCCAGGCUAUUGUUCCAAGAACAACCAGCGCCGUCUCGAGGAGGCGAGUGACUCCCGGCUCCGGGGGCGAAGUCUGCAGUCAAGCGCCGACAACACCUGGGUUCUCGGCGACAUCUUCUUGCGAAGGCACGUCGUCGCCUUCGACUUCGAAAACUCACGCCUGGGCUUCGCCUUGGAAGAGGUUUCUGCGGAGGAGCUGGAAGCCCGAGAGCAGGCUCUUCGGGAAGAAGCUCAAGGGCAGGGCUCCAUAGAGGCCAUGGAGACCGAUGGCAGCAGCCCACCACUGCAGCAGUUCAAUCAGGACGGCGAGGACCCGGCAAGUGCCAGAGAGUGGGAGCGUGCACAAGCAGCCGCCCAGGCUCUGGUGAACAAGGCCCACGGGCCCCCGGUGAUCUACGACGAGGAGCUCUCUGGCAGCGGCACCAGCAAUGGCAUGAAGACUGUGCUGGUAGCUACGGCCUUGGUCAUGGGCGUUGGCGCCUUCUGCGGACUCUUCUCGAGCUCCCGCGGUGGUUUGUUGGAAGAGACGAGGAGCCCGGCCUUCGCCCAGCACCUGCAUCACCACGAAGGCGAUGGUGGCGAGCCGCGUCUGGAGGCGGCUGAGUGA